AUGAAAGGUAUUUUAUUAAAUGGAUAUGGUGAAUCAUUAGAUUUAUUAGAAUAUAAAACUGAUUUACCAGUACCAAAACCAAUUAAAUCACAAGUUUUAAUAAAGAUACAUUCAACAUCAAUUAAUCCAUUAGAUAAUGUAAUGAGAAAAGGAUAUGCAUCAAGUAUUGUAGAUUUGAAAUUAAAAUUACCAAUUAUUUUAGGUAGAGAAUGUAGUGGUGAAAUCGUAGAAAUCGGUGACAGUGUUUGGGAUUACGAAAUUGGUGAUCAAGUUUGGAGUGCAUCACCACCAUUUUCAAUGGGAUCACAUUGUGAAUACAUUACAGUUGACGAGAGUGAAAUAUCAUUAAAACCAAAGAACUUAACACACCAACAAUCUGCAUCAAUUCCAUUUGCAUCUCUAACAGCAUGGAAUGCAAUUUACAAUGUUUUACCAACAAAUAAAAAGAUUACAACCAAUACUAAAAUCCUAGUCAAUGGUGGUAAUGGUAGUGUUGGUUUCUUCAUCCUACAAUUAUUAAAGAAACAUUUAAAUGUAAAUCAAGUUUCAACAACCUGUAAUAUAAAACAUUUUGAAAAAUUAAAAAAAUUAACUCUAGUAAAUGAAACUAUAGAUUAUAAUAAUUUGAAAAUUAAUGAUAAUGAUAAUAAUAAAUUUGAUUUAAUUUUCAAUUGUUAUGAUGGUGGUAAAAAUCAAAAUGAAAAUGAAAAGAAAUGUAUUGAUGCUUUAAAAGAUGGUGGUAAUUUAAUUGGUUUCAAUGGUCCAUUAGUUAAAUUUAGUGAUAAAGAUGGUGUUUUAUCUGGUUUACCAAUGGGUAUGAUGAAUCAAUUAAACUCUUCUGAAAGAAUUAAAAAACAAUAUUCAAAAAAUGUUCAUUUAGAUUAUGCAAUCUUUUCACCAUCUGGUUCAACUUUAAAACAAAUUUCAAAACUUUAUGAAAAUAAUAUUUUAAUUCCAAAUAUUGAUAAACAAUUUAAUUUAAAUCAAAUUAAAGAUGCUUAUACUUGUUUUGAAAAUUCAAAUUCAAAUGGUAAAAUUAUAAUAAAUAAUAAAUUUUAA